AUGAUCGAGAGUUCUCUCCAAUCCGGGUAUUCAGAUCCAGACGUAUGUUUGGGCCCUGGUGCUGCGUUACGAACUGUCAAUUCGUCUUGGAAAUUCUCAGAGACUCAUCUGGAGAUUCUUGAGAGGUUCCAAAGUCGGACGUCUCUGACUGUUGGAGAUGAGAGAAUGGCCCCAGCAUACAGGGAAAUACACCCCUUCUUGAUGCACAUGAUCCUCGGCUUGACUUUAAUGCACGACUCAUCGCUUUCUCUUCCUUACUCCACUUCCCAAUCCGCAACGCUCCAGCGCAAGUCUCUCUACCACUGGGACCAAGCGACCACUCUCUACCACCGCAUACUGAAUGGUCCCAUACCACCUUCUCAUCGCGACGCUAUCUGGGCCACCGGAGUGCACCUCGGUGCCGCAUCCUUCUGGUACCUUGAAUCCGACGACCCCUAUACUGUCUGGCCUUUGAAGCCAUCAGAGCCUGGCGAUCUCUCCUGGAUGAAGAUUGGAGAAGGUAAACGACAUCUCUGGCGGAUUGCUGAUCCUACAAGGGAGGAUAGUGUGUUUAGGCGUGUUUUAGCAAGAAAUCAUGGACCUUGCACUACACCGCCGGAGUGGAUGCAGAACAACGACAUCAGUCUUGUUCCAGAGAGCGUAAAGAUUCUCUUCGGGAUCACACAGUUGUCUAGUAAAGAGGAUAAUGUUUAUCAUCUCCCUGUUCUGAUCUUGUCGCGGAUUCGGCAUUUACAACUGUCACAUGGUAAUGUGUUGGAAUUCUUGUAUUUUACAGCGUUCAUUACGCCAGAGUUUCUAGAGUUGCUAGAGCAGAAGGAUCCAAAGGCAGUGUUCUUGUUAGGUUGGUGGUUCCAAAUGUGUCAGAAUGGCACGCUUUGGUGGAUGACUAGACGGGCUAGAGUGGAGGGUGAGGCUGUAAGGAUAUGGUUGAGUGUUGUUGAUAGCAGACUUAAUGAUUUGUUGGAAGAGCUGGGUAGAAGAAGGGAGUUGGAGGUGAAAGAGGGGAGUUGGAUACAAACGAAGGCGCAGAAGAUCGACGAUUCUGGUUUGGAGGUCAAUUGGGCGUUGGACUCGAGGGGGAGGAUAUUAACGGUAGCGUGA